AUGAAAACGAACUACACCUCUUGCCCUGUAUUUGUUCGAAAUGAUUUGGGUGAAGAAAUUGAUGCAUUUGGACUUUUGAAUUCGAAACAACCUUUGUUGUUGUCUUUUAGCAGAUUUUUUGAUUUUUCUGAUGGAUUUGAUUUGGAAUUUUUUCGAACUUCUCAUUUUAGGUAUUACAAUGAAUCUCUAUUGAAUCAAGUAAAAGAUUUGGAUGUACGUUGUGUUUAUGAAGCUGUUGAUUUUAAUGGAGAGCAAAGCGUUUUGAAUUUAUGUAAUAUUGAUGAUUUAAGUGGUAUUAUCCGUCAUAAUGGAAAUCAAUUUAUAUUUGGCCAUUUGAAUGAAAAAUUAUAUUUUUUUCGAGAUUCUCCAAAUUGUGAAUGGCAUGUUAGAAAUAGAAGAUCUGGUGAAAUUUCCUUAACAAAGCGAAUGCCUACUUAUUAUUCGGAAUAUACUGAUGGAAUUAAGCGAUGGGUUGAAUUAAUUGUUAUUGCUGACAAUUCAAUUUACAAAAAAUAUGGAGAGGACAAGAAGAGAAUUACUGAAAGGCUUCAUGCAAUUGCUAGUUCUGUUAAUUCGCUUUAUGCUCCAUUAAAUAUUCGAGUGAUACUUACUUGGGCUGACAUUUGGGAGGACAAAAAUGCUGUUGAUGUGACUGAGAAUGCUGAUGGAACUUUGAGGGAUUUUCUUGGUUUUCGUAGAUCCUUAUUGGCUAAAGGACAUUCAAAUGAUAAUGCGCAGCUUUUAACUGAUAUUCAUUUUGGUUCUGGAACUAUGUGUUCUUUUGACUAUUCUGGAGGUGUUAUUGUUGAUCACUCUGACAAUCCAGUAUUUGUGGGAAUGACUGUAGCACACGAAAUGGGACAUAAUUUUGGAAUGGAUCACGACAUUAGUCCUACAUGUAAAUGCCCAGUCGAUUCUUGUAUUAUGGCUCCGUCGAGUAGCAGCGUUAACGCUUCUUCCUACUUUUCUGAUUGUUCUUUGGAUACUUUGUCUUCUGCUCUUCGUCGUGGUGUUGAUUAUUGUCUUCAUAAUGUGCCUAGGGUUGCAUUUGGUGGUGCUAAAUGUGGAAAUGGUGUAUUAGAAGAUGGUGAAGAUUGUGACUGCGGAAGUACAACAACUUGUCCAAAUUCUUGUUGUAUUGCAGCUGAAUGUAAAUUAGCACUUGAAGCAGAAUGCGCUGAAGGAGAUUGUUGUGAUUUGAAUGUUUGCAAAUUAAAAAAAAUGGCUAGUGAAUGCCGACAUGCUUUAAAUAGUUGUGAUCUACCUGAAUAUUGUGAUGGGAAAAAUCCUAGCUGUCCGGCAGACUUUUUUGUACAGGAUGGUCAUCCAUGUCCAGAUGGGGCAUUAGAGGCUUUUUGUUAUCAAGGAACGUGUGGCAGUCGGAAACAACAAUGUCAAUUCUUAUGGGGCCCUUCUGCAGAUGAUUCUGUAAAAGAUUGUUAUUCCUUUAAUGAACAAGGUGCUUUCAGUGGAAAUUGUGGUUAUCGUCAAGAUACUGACCAAUAUCUUCGUUGUGGACCAAAUGAUGUAACUUGUGGAAGACUUCAAUGCAGUCAUGAAAGUGAUAAACCUGUAUUUGGUGAUCCUUCAACAAUAUAUUCUGCAUAUAGUUUUGUUCGGACAAAAUCUGGUAAAGAUGAAACUUGUCGAGUUGUAAGAACAACAAUAGCUGGAACUGGAGGAAAAAGGAAGGCUGAUCCUGGAAUGGUUCCAGAUGGUGCUCAAUGUGGAAAUAAUAAAAUUUGUGUUAAUGCUGCUUGCCAUAAUAAAACAGCAAUUUUGGAAAUGGUUAGCCGUUGUGACCCAGAAGAUUGUAAUUCUCGUGGAAUUUGUAAUAAUGUUGGAAAUUGUCAUUGUGUUAGUGGUUAUGGAGGUGUCGCGUGUGAUUUACCUGGUUUUGGUGGAUCUGUUAAUAGCGGACCAGCUAGCACAAAUGCUUUCAAUCCUGCCAUGACAUUUCUCUACUUAUUUUCAUUUGCUUUUAUAUUUUUUGUAAUUGCUUCAGUUUAUUUCAAAAGGAAGCGGGGUUUUUGGUUACAUAAAAGAAUUUGGUCAAAAUUGCGUGUUCUACUCGAACUUCGAAGUUUCAAUUUAAUUCCAGUUCGAAGAGCACCAGCUAGGCCAGAUGCUCAUUUAAGACAAGAAGAACUUCGUCGACAAAGUUUUAAUGCUAUUUGGAAUGAUAAUGGUGGAGUAACAACAGUGAGAGGUGAAGUUCUUCAUGUUGAUGCUUCUCGUCCACAUCCUUUUGGUUUUUCAUCAUUAUCAAAUUUUUCUCAACAAAAUAUAGCUCCAAUUUCUGGCGCAAAGCUCCCAAAAAUUGAAGCAACAACUAAACAAUCUGUGAAUCAAAAUAUUUCAAAAACAACACAGAAACAACAGAAAAUCAUUCAAGAACAAAAGGCUUUAGUCAAAACAGAAGGUUAUGAUACUGGAAAAUCAUCAUCAUCAACAGGUUCUGAUGAGCCACCUCCUAUUCCACCACAUCGAAAUGCCACAAAUACAUCUACUAAUAUAUCAAAAAUUGAUGUGAAAUCUCUUGCAGCAAAAUUUGAAAGGAGAUGA